UUUUCCACCAAAUUUUAAAGAAAUUUAACAUGAAGACGAAUUUUGUUCCUCGGGUUAAUCAACUUGAUUCCAUCCAGUUGGACAACGAAAUUGUCAACAUUUUGAAGGAGCAAAUUUACAAUGUCAUCCGGAACCUGCCGCCCGGUCUCCUCAGCCGCUUUCAACCGGAAAUCAACCUGCUGGCCAGUUCCGCCCUCUGGAAUUUCUCAAUCCGCCAGUCGUUCGCCACCUUCGGCCAGCAAAUGCUCUCGAUAACUUACGAAAAGGACCAACUCACCCCGGACAAGCUAAAGGCGCACUACUUCCUGACCGUGGCGCUGGCCUACCUCAAGGAGCUGGCCCAGUUCCGGCUGACAGGUUACACGACCCUCCAGCGCUGCAUCACCACGCUCGAGAAUUGUCUCACCUGUCUCAAUUUCCUCAACUUUUUCCGCUUCCUUCGAACCGGCCGCAAACCGUCGCUCGUGGAUUACGUGCUCCGGUUGGACCAUCGGUCAAUCGACGGGGCCAAACGGCGCACGAUCGGCUACUCGUACAUGACCCGGGAGCUGAUUUGGGCCGGUUUCAUGGAACUGCUCGGGUUUACCAUUCCGAUCGUGAAUUAUCAUGCGCUGAAGCGAAGGCUGCGGAAUCUGCUACGGUUGGAGGUGCGGCCACAGGAAGUGCAGCGGAUUGUGCUGGGCGUGGAGAGUAAGUGCGUUUACUGCAAUGAACGGGUCACGUUGCCGCAUCAUAUGGGUUGUGGGCACGUGUUUUGCUAUUAUUGUUUGAAGGGAAAUUUACUGGCCGAUUCUGGGUUUCAGUGCAAUGUUUGUGACUUCAAAAGUGGCGUUUUUGAACGAGUUGUUGCAGGUUGA